AUGUCGAUCAUCCCGAUAUUCUUCCGCAACUGGUGGGACGACGAGUGGGACCGUCCACUGUGGAAUUCUCGCCUGCUGGACCAGCACUUCGGCAGUGGCGUCAGGGCAGACGAUCUUCUCAACGCUCUGGUGUCGGUGCCCGACCGGCGACUUCAGCCACAGUGCCAACAACAGACCCGUCGUUACAACCGCCCAUGGCACAGCUCCUGCGUGGCCAGCAAACGAGACACCGGAUCAACGGUGAACGUCACCAACGACAAGUUCCAGAUCAGCCUGGAUGUGCAGCAGUUCACCCCGGAGGAGAUCUCGGUGAAGUACGUGGACGGUUCGGUCGUGGUAGAGGGCAAACACGAGGAGAAACAGGACGAACAUGGCUACAUCUCGAGACACUUUGUGCGGCGCUACAUGCUUCCCAAAGGCCACUCUGAGGCGGACAUCACCUCGGCGCUCUCGUCGGACGGCAUCCUUACCAUCGCCUGUCCCCGGAAGGAGAUCGAGCAGAAAAAGCCGGAGCGCAGCAUUCCCAUCACACACACGGGACAGCCCAUGAAGCAAGUCGCCGAAAAUGCUUCCCAGCAGAACGGCCAAAGCAAGAAGGAAGGGGAGACUAUGGAAUCAUAA